AUGCCACCCAACACACUCGCAUUUACUGAAAUCCUCACCGCAGAUGCCAGGUCGCGUCUCUUGGAGCAUUUCUCUGGCGAUGGUCCUCCCGCAAACGAUCGCUGGGCAGCUCUGUGGGAUAAAGGUGACUUUCUUCCUUGGGACAGAGGGACUCCCAGCCUAGCACUUGAAGACGCGCUCAAGGAGCACAAGGAUCUUUUAGGCCCAUCAGUUUUCAUUACAGAUGCCUUGACAGGGGAAACACGUCGGAAGCGCGCUCUGGUUCCCGGAUGUGGGCGUGGUUACGAUGUGCUUCUCCUCGCGAGCUUUGGCUACGACGCCGUUGGACUUGAAGUCUCUUUAGAAGCUAUUGCUUGCUGCAAAGCAUUCGCACAAGGAAACAAGGAGAAAUACCCGGUGCAAGACGCUAGCAUUGGGCCUGGCAAAGCGACAUUCAUUCAGGGUGAUUUCUUCAAAGAGGACUGGCUUAACAAGGUCGACGGUGGCCGGACCUUUGAGUUAUUCUACGAUUACACUUUCUUUUGUGCUUUGGCUCCAGCUAUGCGCCAUCACUGGGCAUUGCGGUUAUUGCAACUGGUCUCGCCACACCCCGAGUCCCGGCUGAUUUGCCUCGAGUUCCCAACAUGUAAGGCGCCCAACACGGGAGGUCCGCCCUUUGGUGUGCCAUCUCCAGUGUACGUUGCCCAUUUGGGGCACCCUGGUUCGGAGCAGCCUUACGAUGCACAAGGAAAUCUUUUAAUGGACCAUGUCAAGGUCGUGGAAAGUCCGUGUUUCCAAAGGAUUGCACAUUGGAAAGCAGAAAGGACCCACGAAGUAGGAAAGGGCACGGAUUGGGUUAGCAUCUGGAAAGCUGCCUGA